AGAUCACUUCUUCCUUGAACUCCUAACUUGGGUUACACAGCCGCCCCUCAGCCUCAAACUGGACAGCUGAACUUUUCUGGAUAGACCAAUUUCUGAACACUGAAUUUUCCAUGUCUCAAACUCCAUGCAAUCCAGAAAUCAAAAGGGCUUUAGAAGAAAGUCCAGAAACUAACACAGAAGAUGAAUCUCCUAACGGUCCGAUGCCCAGGAAUUACCUGAUCCUUUCAAUAUUUUCCUGCUUUUGCCCAGCUUACCCAAUAAACAUCGUCGCAUUUGUCUUUUCUAUAAUGGCCCUAAACAGCUAUAAUGAUGGAGAUCUCGAUGGAUCAAGAAGAUUGGGACAAAAUGCCUUAUAUGUUUCAAUUGCAUCUAUAAUCAUCGGUCUACUCGUUAUUGCAACAUACUGUUUUGUUCAUUUUACAACGCAUGCAGUUUGAAGGUGAGACAAGAACAUGAAGAUCAUAUUUUGAAUAGUCGUCAAUCCGACUGUUUGCAAUUACAAAAAGGAAGAGGCACGUUUUUGCACUGAAAGGUCUUCAACAACCAAGACAACCAUGCAGGAUGCAAAUUAUCUAUCAAUGUGUGUGUUUGCAUAUAUAUUGUAUAUGUGGAUCCAGCCACAAAAAAAACACUAUUUUUUUUUACAUCACCCAUUCAUAUGACAAUGUCUUUAGCUCAAUAAAUACUUGUCUUUUUCACUGUUAAGCAUUUUGGCAUAUCCAAAAGGAUAGAGAACACAAAAAAGAGAAUUUAGAAUUCCGUUACAUAAACUUAUCUUCUUAUUUCCUUCAGGAUCCGGCCAAAAAUGCUAAAUGUUUCCUGGUCAAUAAAAUAUUUAUAUGUGCUGAUCUUACCAGCAUUAAACUAAAAUGUCCUGUAUUCACAUCCUAAGAUGUUUGCUGAAUUUUAAAAACCCGAAGGAAGCUUUCAAGGGCAGCCAAAUAGCUGUCAUAGUUUUGUAUCCCUUACAUGACAAUACUGCAAACUGCAUUCUGCACCUAAGAGACCGAGAGAUUUAAGAUUUCUUAAAACAGCAACAAAAUCUUACCACUGCUUUGCAGAAUUUUCCCGUACAUUCUCAGUUUCUAUGUCAG